AUGCCCGCGGAAGUCGAUAACGGCGAACCUUCAAGCCGGGCGGCGCGGGUGGUGUCCAACGGGUCCCGGGCCGGCGGCGAGUUCCCAUCGGCAACAGCGCGUAAGACGCCGGCAGGCGGCAUGCACUCCUCUCGCCUUAAUGGAGGCUCUGGUGGGCGCCAGCAGGAAACCUACUUUGGCCACAACCGGGAGGAGAUCACACGCAUCUUGAUACAGGCCUUGGAUGAUCUAGGCUACCAUGCGGCGGCGGACAGUGUCGGCGAGGAAAGCGGUUUUCAAGUCGAGAGCCCAGACGUGGUUGCCUUCCGGCAUGCUGUGCUGGGCGGCGACUGGACUAGAGCCGAGGGUUUGCUAUGUGGGCAUGCCGCUUUGGGUCCCGAUCAGGCCUCUGGGAAGGGGCUUGUGCUGGCUCCCGGAGCGGACCGCAACGCGAUGAGAUUUCGGCUGCGGCAGCAGAAGUUUCUGGAGUUACUGGAACAGCGGGAGACGUCCCAGGCUCUGUCCGUGCUCCGCAACGAACUCACGCCCUUGUGUGCGCAACAGCACCAGACUCUACAUCUCCUCUCUAGGUUCCUCAUGUGCCAGGACGCUGAGGAUCUCAAAAUUAAGGCCCACUGGGAUGGCGCGGGUGGCCGGUCGAGGCAGGUAUUGUUAGCACAGCUCUCAGAAUCAAUAUCACCUUCGGUUAUGCUCCCGGAGCGCCGCCUGGCUGUUCUCUUGGACGACUUGAAACGCAGCCAGGUGGAACGGUGUCUCUUUCACACCGCGAGUAACCCACCAUCGCUUUAUGUAGAUCAUUCGUGCGACAGAAGUCACUUCCCUACGGAGGUGGUGAUGGAGUUAUAUAGUCCGAGGGUCGAGUCAUCUAAGCGGGCUGAAGAAGUCUGGCAGGUACGUUUUUCUCCGGAUGGCAAACGCCUGGCCAGCUGUGGAUCGGACGAGGCUAUCUGCAUCUGGGAGACCGAGAACUUCACUCUGUUGCAUGAAUUACAUGGUCAUAAGAGGAGCGGUAUCGGUAAUGUCGCAUGGGCGCCAGACAGCAAGUUGCUGGUAAGCUGUGGUAUGGACAACGUUGCGAAGCUCUGGGAUACCGAUAACGGUGAGUGUCUCAGGGUUCUCAACGACUUCGAGGAGCCCGUCAGCAGCUGUGUAUGGGCUGCCGACGGUCAGACGUUCAUCACCGGUUCGUUCGACAAGACGAAGCCGGUCUGCCAAUGGAACUUGCUUGGAGAGUGCGUUCAUACGUGGGCCAAAACAUACCGGGCCGAAGGUCUCACACUGUCACUUGAUCAACGGUGGUUGGUUGCCAUGGACGACCGGCAUAACCUGCACUUUUACAACUUUGCUACGCGGGAGCACCUCUACGACCUCACCCUCAAUACGCGCCUCACCUCGGUGAGCAUAAGCCGCGACUCGCGGUAUCUUCUAGUGAACAAGCAAGAUAGCGAGGCACUGUUGAUCGACCUGGAGACCCGUGAGACGGUGCAAAAGUAUCGGGGCCACAGCGUCGAGCAGUUUAUCAUAAGGAGCGAAUUCGGUGGUGCCAAUGAGAACUUCAUCAUCACCGGCAGCGAAGAUGGUCGUGUCUUGAUCUGGCACAAGACGACGGGAAUCUUAGUCCACGAGGCGGAAGGUCAUCACACCAGCUGCAAUGCCCCGUCGUGGAAUCCCGCGGACCCGUGUAUGUAUGCCACAGCCGGAGAUGACGGGAGGAUCAAGAUUUGGUCUAAUAGGGCGCGGGCGAGGACAGCGUCGUCAGCAGCCCGGCACACUAACGGAACUGUGCGCGGCUCGAGCAACGGCAGCCAGUACUCCGAGGAGAUGUGGGCUUGA